AGCGGAAAACUCCUGUCUCUCUCUCUCUGUCUGUCUCUCUCUCUCUCUCUCUCUCUCUCUCUCUCUCUCUCUCUCUCUCUCUGUGUCUCUUGCUCUCUUACAUCCCAUAGUAGUUCAACCCAACUGGUGGCCAACUAGAGCACCACAUCAACCAGGGGCAGACGGACAGACAGACAGACAGACAGGUGCGUGGACACAUGGUCAUCAGUGUUAUUUGAAGACAUCUAGCAGUGGAGUGUCAGUAGUGCAGAGUUCAUCGGUGCGUCUCUGAUCAUCUUUGAUCGUUUCAGAACAUCGCUCAUAGGGAAGGAAGUGAAGUGAAAAGAAGGAGGUUGUGCUCAAUCGACAGACAACACAAAUGAAGACGCAUGUGUACACCAGAGAAAGUAACCACAAACCCGGUCCAGACAGAAGUGACUAAAUGUUUGAUCGGAGACUUUGACACCUGCAGAUGUAUGAGACGUUAAUACAGAAACACAAUGAGAAGAUGCUGAGAUCGUCUCUCACCGCAGGACGUUUCAUCAGUCUCGGGUCAUGAUGGAGAAAUCUUUAUCCCCAUCCUCACCCCCUCACUCCCCGGGUGUCAUCCAGAGCAUCGGUCCGGCUCAAGCGAGCCCUCCUGAUGCUAAUGAUGCAGCGAAUCGUACUGACCCAACCUCACCCGGAGGAGACACCGAACCGACCCCGACCAAGGCUUGGACACCUCGCCGGCAGAGCCCUCCCGUGUCGUCAGCAAACUCUGCCCCAAUCUCCUCCUCGCCUUUGAAACCCCUACCCCCCAAUAUUCCCGUCAUCAGUCUAGGUCACAGCAAACCCCCCAUGCUGGCCACCCCGCUGACAGCCCUACACCCAGCACCCCCCCUCCCUCACCGCCCCGCUGAACUGCGUCUGACGCAUCUUUCCUCGCUAUCCGGACCAGCGGCCGCCCUGUUACCCCCUCCGUUUCUACAGACGCACCCUUUCAUCAACAGUUCUUUUCUUGCUCCGUCUAGAGGCUUUGGGAUCUUCAGUAGCGCUCGUAUGAAGAGACGGCCGUCGACACACUUUGAAUUGGAUCUCAAUGAAGGUCCUCCACAAAAGUUGGCUCGCCGUGUUUUCACUAAUAGUCGAGAACGCUGGCGGCAGCAAAACGUAAACGGGGCUUUUUCUGAACUUCGCAAACUCAUCCCGACUCACCCACCUGACAAAAAACUCAGCAAAAACGAGAUCUUGCGACUGGCCAUGAAGUACAUUAACUUCCUCGUCAGGCUGCUGAACGACCAGGCGAGCGCUCGGCCGCGUGAAAGAACGACGGAUGGCACAGAAGACGCCGCUGGCGAGGUGCGACCCUGCAGCCCCAACCUUCCCCACAGAGACUCCGUGACGGCAUCGCCUGGAUCCAGUUGUUAUGGCGACACAGACGGCGAGGAUGGUGCAGGUGGAAAAUGUGGUAGCACUGGGAUUGUGGAGAAAGUUCAGGAACAGAUUCUGGUGGUCACAGCAAGUGACUGCCAGCGAUGACCAACAACAACUAAACAUAAAGCGAUCCAGUUUAACUGCACUGUUACAAACUCUUCAAGACGUUGUGCGGUGAAUUGACAUUUUCUCUCUGAUGACAUCACGCGUGUUGUUAAAGCACAGAUCUAUAGUUCAUGUGUUAAUAUGAUUCUUCAUGUCUGUUUGUUCUGCAUUUGGUUUCCUCUCACAGGCAGAAGUGCUGACAUAUCAGAAAAAGCCUCAGAUGGAGAAUAAAUAAACAACUUGACAUCAUUUUGACAUAUAAAUAACAUGGGCUUAUUCACAGCAUUGUAUCUUAUUAAAUACCUUCAGUUGGCUUUGAAACUCUUUUGAUUUGAUUAGUUUUCAUCUGUUGUAGAUUGGGUUGCAGAAUGAACUGAACCGUGUGUGAACAGAAUGAGAAUAAACCUGAAGC